AUGGUCCGAUUGAUUUGGAUCCCACCAAGAAUUUGGUUAGAGUUUGAAGUUUCCGAUGGAAGAGGGAGGAGGAGCGAAAGCAGGCUGCAUCCGGAUAAGGUGCAUGAAGUUGUCAGUGCCCGCGAGUCACUCUCUAGCGACGACGAAGACAUCACUGAAGACAUCGGGUACAUGAGUGAAUUUUCAUGUACAGGUGAGAGAGACGCCAGGAGUUCAAGACGAAUCACCAAUGCUACUAUCUCUACGCUCAAUUCCGGGUCAUCUGAUUCAAAGUCUUCAUAUGAGAGUGAAGUGUACAGUACACCGGAUGUGAAUUAUCCGACAAGCUCAACUAACCCUAGGACAGAAGAGGAUUUCCGUAUUAUCCCUCUAGAUGUCGUGCGUUCCAACUCAGAGUGGACUCCGUAUUCCCCAUCCCAGGCGGUUAUAUCCAAGGACAGAGCAUGCCGUGCACCUGAAGCGGGAAUAAGCGAUCUUCUAUCUCCUAUUCUCUCUGUAAUCCCUGAUGACCACGAGGCCUUUUGGUGUUUUGUUGGGUUCAUGAAAAAAGCUCGUCACAACUUCAGGCUCGACGAGGUCGGGAUCAGAAGACAGCUUAACAUAGUCUCGAAGAUCAUUAAGUCCAAAGACUCUCAGCUUUACAGGCACCUGGAGAAACUCCAAGCAGAGGACUGUUUCUUUGUACACAGAAUGGUUGUUGUGAUGUUCAGACGAGAGCUGACACUCGUCCAGACGUUUUGUCUGUGGGAAGUGAUUUGGGCGGACCAAGCCGCGAUCAGAGCCGGGAUGGGGAAAUCCGCGUGGAGCAGGAUAAGGCAGUGUGCACCUCCCAUAUAUGAUUUGGUGUUCUAUGCUAUAGCAGCCUCGGUGUUGCAGAGGAGGACGCUUAUAAUAGAGAUGUAUAACAGUAUGGAUAAGAUUCUAAGGGAGUGUCAUAGUAUGGCGGUGCAAUUAGAUGUGUGGAAGCUCUUGGAUGAUGCACAUGACCUUGUUGUUACUCUCCAUACCAAGAUUGAGCAUUCGUUUUCAUAAGUUUUAUCUUCGUUACGGAGAGCCAUGAGUCGGUGGUUUAACCCGCAGCGGAAGGUCAAAGGAAAGAACAAGUCCAUGUCAAAUAGACGGGUGAGAGACUGUGACUCGGUGAGGAUCAGAAAUUUAUAGUCAUGUAGCUGGCGAAUUUUCAGAUUCUCAGCCAUCGACGAUUAAGGGAGUAAUCGAUUGACUCACGCUGAAUUGGUUUUAAUUGGAUUUGGUCGAUAUAAUCGGGUCAUAGUUGGUUUAGGUUAAUGUAAUUGGAUUGAAAUUAGGCUUUGUUUGGUUUAUUAUUGGUUAGUCUUUGUUUACAAACCACUAAACCGUAUAAACCAAUUAAAAUUAACAUUUGUAGAGAUAUAAGUUUUAAAUUUUUAAUUCAGGGAUAUUUAGCUAUUUAAUUUUUUUUUCUGGGACAUUUAGAAUGGAAUCAUAGUUUGGAAGAUAUAAGAUGCUAUACAAUAAUUUCUGUGGAGAAAUAUAUCGUUUUCCCAAUUGUCAAAUGUCAAUACAUUUUGACUCUACAAAGAGAUUAAUGAC